UUAAUGGUCUCUCGAAAAAAAAUUCUCGUGUUACGUUUAAUAUGUAAUACGUUAUCGACGAAAUUGGCGUCGAGCCAUUUACAGUGAUAUCCGUUAGGACAAAAUUGUCCGAAAUCAUUUUUGGUUAAUGAAUAGGAUCAAUUUAACGAAGGAUAAUAAGGAAUAUGUCAGAGGUUUCGUUUCAAUGACGAGAUAUCUCGCGAAAGAAGGAAAAUGUCAUCGGCGAAGUGCAUACCGUUACGAAAGUAAACAGGACCGAGUGUCUCUUCGUAUCUUGCUCCGAUUUCCAACGUUCGCGCGCACCUCCUUUCGCGCCGAAUAAAAGAAUCGAACGUUGGACCAAACUUACGAAUUAUUUGUCUAAAUCUUGUCCUCGGUGUGAAAAUCUUUCGAAUUCGUUGAGAACGGUAUUAUCUUCGAGAAGGAAAAGAAAAUAAGUAAACGCGUUAAAAAAAGUUCAGAUCGAUCAGAGUAGGGGGUAAGAGAAUUAUUUGUACGUACCUGAGCGCGUCGCGGAACCGGCGCGGAGGCGGUUCGCCGGUCAGUCGUGCCGCGACCACGGAGCGGUGAUAUUGCGUGGUGUUUCAUUUUUCACGCGAUUCUUCACGAAGAAAAGAUAUUUACAGGGAGAGUUUUUCAUCCUAUAGCAAGCCACCGCAGGAAGACGUAUGCGUUUGUUUUGACGUUUUGCGUAAAAGAAAGUGUGAGUGCGUGCGUGCGUGGGGGCGUGCGUGCGUACGUGCGUGCGUGCGUGCGUGUGUGCGUAUGUGGGAGGGAGAGGGAGAGACGAAUGUAAAAAAGAAGAUCCGGGAAAUUUAUUCGCGUGGAAUUGUACACCUCUCUCACGUACGUUACGUACGUACGUACGUGCGUACGUACGUCCGUCCGGCCAUUCGGUAGUACAUAUAAACGGCAAAUGAAAAGUGCGACGAUCGUAAACAAAAGCAUUGACUCCUAUAUAAUACGGUAAAAGGCAGGAAAGAGAGAGAGAGAGAGAGAGAGAGAGAGAGAGAGAGAGAGAGAGAGAGAGAGAGAGCAAAUACUCAUGACACAUAUAAAUACGUUAGAUAUUGUGUUGUAUGAACGGAUUUGGAGUAAAGAGGAAGGAAAAGGCAAGUCGAUCGACAGCGAGUGAGCGAAAAGAAAGUAGAAGAGUCUGUACGACGCGUUUCGUCGUUGGACGGAACGGUCAGAUCUGGAUCUGGCGCGUUUUGCCGGUGCGCCACGCCGCGGGCUCUCUCGCUCUCGCUCUCGCUCUCUCUCUCUCUCUCUCUCUCUCUCUCUCUUUCUCUCCCUCUCCCCCUUUCUCUCUGCAAGUAACAGUACUUCCUCGCGCUCCAUGGAGUAAGCCUCUCUCCGAAGAACGGGACCCAACGCUGCCGUGUCCGCUCACCAUACACACUCCUCUCGUCGUGCCUCCCUCUCGGCUCCGUCUCGUCUCUCUCACGAGUCCCUUGUGUGGUGCCUCCCUCGCGCCUCCCUCGCGGUCGCAACGAAGCAGUCCGGCUGGUCGGGUCGAGAGGUUUCACGUAAAACCAGUCCUCUACCCUUUCCUUCCCCCCCCCCCUCCACCACCCUGUUUCUCCUUCGAACGGAUCGCGAGUUACUCCCUCCUUUACCGACACGAGGAGGACCUUUCGUCAACUGGCACCUGCCGACCGACUCCUCGAACCUCGUCUUCCUUUCGAUCGUCUUACAAUAAGAACUUUUCUAUUUCUUAUCGAUUUCUUCUCCGCUUAAAAUUAUACGAGAUUCAUGCGAGUAUUGAACGACUUUUCAAUGACUAUCGAAACGUUCCUCGUUUAUCCAUAAUCGUAAAGAAAAAUACGUAUAUUUAUCGAGUAUCACGGAUAUAGAAGAGGGAUAGAUUUUAUUUGAUCGAGAAAAGAGAGUGCUCCCUUUGUUUUCAAGAUCAUCGUCAUGAAUGUAACGCGACUUUGUCAUACGGCUUUACGCAUUUCCAAACGAGAGUGAAAAAAAAGGAUCGAAGGGAUUGAGACUAAAGGGUUUGGUGGAGGUGGGGGGAGGAAAGCGCUUGGGACGCGUAAAAAAUGAGCGAGAGACGAGUUUAGUAGAGCCGUUGUUAACAACAACGAGAACGGCACGAGUAGAGUGUAAAAAGGGGCGGGAGGGGGGUGCCCUGUGUAUGCUCGUCCGUCGGCCGAGCGGAGAAGGCGGCAUAAGCGUAAGCGAGUUUGCCAAGGAGAGAAAGGAGGGAAGUUUACGCGGCCACUUUUGCGGCCAUAACUAACCUCCUCGAGUGGCUCACGAAGCUUUCUCAUUGUCAGUCGGGGCUAGCGCAAAGUUCGAAGAAACGUGCGCGCGUUUCCCACCCACUUUUCAAAUGACCGCGAAGAGAGAUAUGGAUGUCCAUUGCAUCGGUGCGUGAAACUGAUAUUGUUUUCUUCCUUUCUCGAAAGGCAAUCGAUAUUUGUGCGCUUCAUCGAAUAUAUACCGGACGCGACUGCUGCUCGUAGGUAACACGGGGCACGAUCCUUUGUCAUCGUUUGUUUUUUCAUUCGUUCGUUAGAAAACUGUGCACGCGCCGAUCCAGCCCCGUUAGAUCGAGGAAAGUGAUACUGCUCGCGAGUGAAACAGGAGGAGAGACGCCUUUCUGGCCUUUCUUUUUCUCUCUCCUUCUUUCUCGAAAAGUGAUCGAUCAGUGGCGGCCACAUCAGCGGCGAAAAGACGUGAAGAAGAACCUUUUCAAGGACUACAAAGACUCCUAUUUAUCAGGGAGAGAGAGAGAGAGAGAGAGAGAGAGAGGAAUAGUUUGACGAGCCAUGAAGACCAUAAGGGCAAGUAAUUUCAGGUAACGAAGAAAGACUGAUCUUUUAAGCAGUCUUCUUCCCGUUGAAACUGUCACGACAAUCCGACAACAUCAUUCGUCCCUGGAUGGAUCUUUUCGAUUCUACUAAGAGCCCAAUAGAGCGGUGCAGUUUCGACGAAACAUCGAUGGACAGCUACCCGUUGGUGACGGUAACGGAAGAUAGGGUAAAUGAUUUUUCAGAGGAAGUGGUAAAAGAAGGAAAUGAUGUGGAAGUGACAUCAUUGGAGGAAGCGAAAUCAGUGAUAGCAGCGCUUAGGGCGAAACAGAGGGCACAGGCACAUCAAAUGCUAGCUUGGCGGAGAACGCUUAAAUUGCAGGAGGAGCUUGUGGCGCGACUAACGAGAGAGAAGGCCGAACAAUUAUGCACAUUGUCUUCGCAACUAUUUCUCUUCGAAUCGCGACUUUGUCGGAAGCAGAAAGAAAUCGAGGCGAGCCUGGUGCAACGGGAAUCGAUUAUUCUCAGGCAACAAAGAGUGAUACGGCAAUUGCAAAGUAGACUGGCGGAAAGGAGUGGUACAGGUACAAGAGACUCUCCUCCAUGCGAUGCUCUCGAUAGACUGGACAGUCUCGGAGACAGCGACAGCGCCGUCGUACUCGAGGAAGCCGCGGACGACCCGGCACCACCAAGAUUUCGUUCGAACAUCACGGACGUAACAGUUAUACGAUCGGUAUCGGAUGCGGUCGAGCCGUCGAGCAAGUAUUCAUCAAUGCGAAGAUGCAAUGGUUUUCUACGUAGACCGGAGAUCUUGGAAACCGUAUAUUCGGUAGAAGAGGAUGGCGAUAGUGAAAGCAACCAGGAACCAUCCGAAUCUACGGAAAAUUACGAGUGCGAUGAGAGGCGGACGAAGAACUUUGGAAAUGGGAAGGGCAGACUGCAGGAGCUUUACGGUAGCUUCGAGAGACUGGCACAGGAAGCUGAUUCUCUGGAAAGUGAAAGACCGAGAGACGAGAGCCAACAAGCUCAGGUGACGUACAAUAGAGUAAUGAGUAAUCACAGGUCGGUGACAAAGCCAAAAGACGUAAAAUAUAAGAGGAUAAAUAAGGCAAAAUCAAAGAGUUUGGAGGAGCUUAGAGGAAGACUAAGAAAUUGGGUAGAGAAAGGAAAUAAAAUAGCUAUAUCAUUAGAUCAAUCCUACGCUUGAACUUGUUCCAUGAAAGUAUUUAAAUUAUUUUUCCGAAGAUUUAUAAAUUAUUAUCACCGUCGCGAAUGAGAAAUACCGUCGAUAGUUCGCGUUCGGUUCUACGAAAUCUGUGGUAAUUCUUUCCUACUUAGGCGGUGUGCUAAUGCUACACAUUCUAUCGAAAUUUCAUCCUUCCAUGUGAUAUUUACUCUAGUAUGAUGAUAUCGUGCAUGGUUUAUGCCGAUAAAAUUGACGAGUGUGAUGGGGGGGGAGAGAGAGAGAGAGAGAGAGAGAGAGAGAGAGAGAGAAAAGGACCGCUUUAAAGAUAUAUGUGAUAUGAAUAGACAUGUGACCGAUACGUCGGUAGUGUCUUAUAUUAUUAUAUGCGAAACUCUAUUAUUUAACUAAUGAAAGUUCGACUCUCGACAAAAGAACGAUCGUUCUGGUAUAUACAAAUUUUUAACAACUAAAUUCUCCCUUUCCUGCCUUCCUAAUCAAUUUUUGUAAUAAGUUCAGGCGCAUUUAACGCGCGUGUCAUUGCAUAUUUUUCAUCGCCGAUUUUAUAUCUUGUCAUAAUAAUCAAUUAAUUCGAGCUUAUUUAUCUAGGAUAUUUAUUCAACUAUUUUCAAGUUGAAAAUAUUUAUUUCGAAAUGUUAAACAACUUUUUUUUCUCUUCACUACUUUGCUACUAAUGAGUCGCAUUUAAAUACGAUUCAUUGCAAACCAUCAAGUAUAUAAUAUUACAAGGCGUUAUGUAUCAUCGUAAAUCGAACAUCUUUGUCAAUUAAAAAUAUUACUGUGCGUUCAAUUAAACGAAAGAAUGUUUAA